GUCCAUCGUAAGAUUUCAAGUCUGAGAUCUUUCUGUCAAUACAACUAAGCAAACUCGCAGAAGUCAGCUAGCAGAAGUCCUAAACGGAAGUUUUAUUAUUGAUUCUUGAGAGGGCGUGUCUGAGAGCGAUUGACGACCAAUGCUUGCAUGUACCUCUAUUAGUAAGGUAGGGUAAAUCUUUAUUAUAUUAAAGCAAGAAUUAUGCGUCGAUACGUCCUUUACAAUUUCCUUAACGCUUUGAAUAGCAAUCAGUUCCAACCGUUUAGGAAAACAUAUUCUUGUAUCACAAAAUUAAUCACCCGACUCGAUCUCGCAUAUCUCCAACCACUCAAAAAGCUACUACAAAGUGUAACGGCUCAUUCGCGUAUGAAUUUUAGGUAAUGUUCAAAAUACAAUCACUGACGUGUUUUAUUCCAAUGCCCAUAUACACUACCGUCCUGAGUUUCAGUCCGCUUUGGUCGAUGUGUAAUCGAGAAUAUUCGAUCUCAAAACUUUGAAUAAGUAUUGCAGUAGAUAUAUUCUCUAGACGGUUUUCUGUCCCUAAAGCCUGAGCGAAUGUCGUGAGCCAGUGAAUACAGGGCAUAUACCUGAAUCCAAAAAGUAUUUUUUGCGUUAAUUCAGAUGUGCUGAAAUAAUUACUUUCUUAAGCAACUUCAUUUACACGUUAAUUGACAAUGUUUACUGACGUCGAAACUGCUGGUAUCACAAAAAGCAGGGACUAGCUUGAUUUUUAAUUCUUUUUUGGAACGUUGAAGGUCCAAAAUUUUGACUUGAUCAGCAGACAUGUUUCAAAUUCUUUACUUUUUUUUGUUUUUUUUUUUUUGGAACGUUGCUAAAAAGUCCAAAAUUUUGAUAACAGGAUAAGUUUUGAAUCAGCAGACAUGAAUUUCAAAUGAUAAUAUUCAACGACUUUUUUUUAAAAUAUUGUUCGGAGAAGCAAAUAUUUUUUUUACGCUAGAUGACGGUUGGAUGUUAAAGUAGUUUAAUAAUUUAAUCCCCAGGUUGGCUAUUUUUCGUAAUAAAAGGAAACCUAAAUUUUCGGGUUAAAAAUUUUAUGUAGAGAAGAAUUAGAAAAAAUGUAAAACGUUAAAUUGAAUCUACAAUUUUCGGGAAAGGAUGGAGCCCUGAUAGUUUCGAACAGAAUCAAACCUAAGAUGAAAAGAUAAUAAUUUUAUCCUAUAACGUUCCAUAAAAGUUCUCGGAUAGUAAAAAGUGUUUUUAAAUGUGUGUAAAUGCCCCUGAUAUGGGGCAAAGCUUAUUCAAAAUUUUUAGUAUUGUCUAAAGAAAGGUUAAAUGUGUAGCAGAAAAUUACAAUUUGUAAAUACAACAGCGGCCAGUCCAUGCUAAUAUUCUAAGAACUGCAAUAUUUUAUUGUAUUUUCAAUAAUUGUCUUACUAGAAUCGAUUAGCGACCUAUAGGUUGACAAUUUUGGAAUGGUUUUACAAUUAGCUGAAAACUCCUAUAAAGUGCGUAGUAAUUUCAUUUACUAGCUACCAAGUCUAUAUUUUGGGAGGUUUAGGCAUAGAAAAGUAAUAGUUACAGGCAUAGUAACUAAUUAAGCUUUCUAUAGUCCUCAAGCAAACUCAUUCCCAGCUUAGGAUCCAACUGACUUGGAAGGCAGUCAACGGCUAAAUAAUGAAUAUCGUAAAAAGUAUAAAAAUCGCGCCCUUUUCGCAUGCAUUGAUAAUUAUCUGAAAUAACGGCUUACGGUUUUGUUUUCCCCAGGUCAUUUGAUUAAUCCUGUUUCUUGGCAAGGAUGUCACCGCUAUUACCAUAUUUGGAAUUCACCCUUUUUUUGAUCAGCCUCGUUUCUAAGACGACCGUAGGCUUCAACAGUUGCCGUGCCAAUGUUUCAUAUAAAAAUCACGCGCUCGUUGGACACGCAUUACAGACCCUGAAGAAUAAGCGUUUUGAGAGCUGUACAUAUUCUUGUGAGCUAGAUUUGCAGUGCUUCAGUGUCAAUUACGUACCAACACUCCAAAUCUGCCAGUUAAAUAACGCUUCGAAAAGUUUUUUUCCUGGCGACUUUGUAAAACAGAAAGGAACGAUCUACAUGGAAAUGGUGAUUCGCGAGUAUCACCCUUGUAACAGCAUGCGCUGUGAGAAUGGAGGAACGUGUGUCACUAGACCGACUGUGAUGUGCCGGUGUCAUGCCAGAUUCAGCGGACUUCAUUGUGAAAGUAAGAAGAUUUCCUUGUUAAAGUAGGUUAAAUUCUCUUGUCUUAAAUGACAAAUCUUGGGAAAUUUCGAAUCGGUAAUUGGCUUCCCUUAAUUAAUGAUUCAAUAGCUGACAUUUCCACCUCUCAUGAUAGCGCAAACAGAGUUUCUCCAAAGUGACGGUGCACCUUUUUGCUUAGAGUUUAAAUAAGCCUAUUGGAUAGUUUGCGUGUUAGAAUUCCUUUAUACCAGAAAAAAUGACACGCGGGUAGAGGGAUCACCCGCCUACCUACUGAUACCCUGGGCGAGCCAACAUUUCAUACAUUUCCUUACAAAACGUGGUGAAUCGUUUACAUGAGAAACAAGAAGAAGCAAGGUUCACCCUCUUAACCGUGUUCGCCUGCGAGCAAGAUUUCCGGGGCGCUCCGGCGGCGGGGGGGGGGGGGGGGGGGAGGACGGGAAAAGAAAGGAGAGCUUGCAACUCCGUCGCUGGAAUUUGAAUUCCACCUCCAAUUCCCCUGUUGCUCCCCGUCGGACUGAGCUGUCAGAUUUCCGCGAAUCAGCGGGCAGCGGAAACUAGCGCGAAUUAUCAAGCAUUAAAAAACACGGGCUAAGGGUAAUGAUGUCAUUAAUUAUGUCAUCUCCGUCAAUCAGCAUUUCGCAUCGACUUUUUCGAUGCAGAUAUUCAAUUUAUUCACUCCUGUUCCCGCCCAACCGCCAGGGCGCCCAGAAGAACUUGCUCGCAUGUUAAGGUAUCAGCCACCCUUCAGGACAGUCCGCGCGCGGAUCACUGUAGCGUUAGUUGUUUUUGUAAAAACCCCUAUAAACCAUAUAUUUUUUAAAAGCUUUUAAGCUUUUAAAAUCCAUAAUCACAAUUCCAGAUUAUGGAUUUGAACUAACAAAAACGAUUUACUUAAAUGUGUUUCGAAAUUGGAACGCUUUGUGUAAAAGUACACGUCUCUAUAAAUCAUGUUCCACUCCCGCCGGAAAUAAACGGAAGAAAACAAUUAACACCGCAUUCGCUUCUAAACACGUUCCACUAAAAAACCGUGUCUGAGAUUUUUGACAAGUGGGUUUGCUUUUCUUUUAUUAGCAAAUGGAAAAAUGGCAAUUUUAAGGGUGGCUGAUACCUUAAGCCGUGCGAACUUUUCUCCGUAUAAACAAGUUGGCUCCCUCAUCCGGGUCAACUCUGUCAAGGCGAGACAAUCAGAGCAUACCGAGCGUUGUUGGAUCAGGCAAAGGGAUAAACGUUUUCUCAUAUAGACGCUUUCUUGAGUUAAAUCGGCUGGGAUGGUUAUCCUUCUUCUCAAUAUUGCCACAAAAGAAACAAUAAUGUUUCCUAUGAAUAAAGCAAUAUUUGCUCAAGAGACACAAAACAGGAUUAGAAGGGAUUACUUUGACCAAUGACACCAGAAGGGGAUAAUGACUUCCUACAAAUUAACUGACAAGUGUCACAAGACAUUUUAAGUUAUCAGAAAGCCUUGGAAAUGACACCCGUUGUAUUCUAAUUGACCCAGAGAAACCCUGCCUAGUUGUAUAAUUCAGUCUACCCAAUGAUAGCCUGUUCAUAGAGCCUCUAUUUUCUGCCACCUCUUUUAACUAACUAAGAAGAAAACCUAGUGGAAAAUAAGUAAACCCGGUGAUUUUUUGCUCCGAAACCCCUCUGAAUAUAUAGAUCCAGCACGGUCUGUUACAGAGGGGUGUGAAAUGCGUUUCCUUCUUGUAUAACCAAAGAAAUCGCGAAAUUGUUUUCGACACUUAACUAGAAGACCGAUCUGAAAAAAAAAAAAAAAAAAACAUUACUUCUCAUUAGUUUCUCAAUCAGCCCUUGGUAUGGAAAGUGGAGCCAUUCCAGACGACAAGAUUACAGCUUCGACAUUUAAGGCAGGCUACGAGGCGAGAAAGGCGAGGCUAAAUAGAAAUUCCUGUUGGAUGCCUAUGGACGAUAAAAACACUGAAUACAUCAAGAUAAAUUUUACUUCCGUGACCAAUGUUAGUGCCAUAGCGACCCAAGGUGCGCCAAAUGACGGUUGCUGGGUGACAAGUUUCUCCUUGCAGUGGUUCGUUAAUAACCAACUUGUAACGGACAGAAAGGUACAAAAUAUAGCCUACCAAAACAGAUGUUUCUUCUCGCUCCUCGUCGCUGGGGACGUUUACAAAACAGCGGUGCAGGGCUUGGGACUGUCCUGAAUCCGGUAAAGUAUUGGACGAUAAAUUUUUUUAAUUUUACGAAUGGAUGCCCAAAGGCAAAGUAAACAGUGAAUCAUCCUUUGCGAAAAGUUCUUGGAGUUCUCCCUUUGCAAAUGAACACCUCCAAAAUCGACCCUGAACAAAUUUGCAUUUGAAAACUCGGAAAAAUUCUGUAAACAUUAACUUACGUCAUCAGAAUGGAAUUUCUGUUUGUGACGUUCCUCCUCGCAAUGGGGAAUGGGGCAGGUAGGGUAUACAAAACAAGGGUGCAGGGCUUGGGAAAAAAGCCCCACAAAUGCAAAAGUGUCCUCAAGAAUUUUGUCCUUGAUGGUAGAAACUUUCAAGAGUUUUCUGUUUUCGAUCCUUACUCUUAAGACCGUAUUCCUCAGGCAGACGUUGCGGCUUUGGCGGGUGGCAGGAUCGGGGAAAAUACCACAUUUUGUUUGAAAAACUGAUUAUUUUGAAAGAAAUUAAAGGGUAGUUACAGAUAUAAAUGUACAGUUUUUCGGUAGUUUCUUAUUUACCUCGUUCCUUUGCUUUGUUUUUGUAUCUUGUUUGUGUUUUUUAUUUAUAUCUUCGACAUUUUUGAGGUACGCACACGGGUACAUAGGCUGGCGUACAGGUAGUUGCAACCCUAUCUUGUGUGAGCAAGAUAGCAAUCACCACCGCUUUUUAUACACCGCCAAAUGGUUACACAUCAGUUCUAAUCAUCAUUGUUAGUACCAUGAAAUCAUGGCUGACAAAUUACUCAUCAUGUUAGCCGUGAAAGGUUACCAUUAAUAUAUAAUUGUGCGCUAUGUCAACGUUUUUAUAUCUCAGCGCUAAGAUGGCGUCCAGGUUGAGUUCGGAAUAAGGAUGUUACGGCACAAAAAGACGCUGAAGAAAAACUAAACACGCCGCAAUAGAGCACAAUCAUAAAGAGCAAAAAGGAUUCUGUAAUGGGCUUUUUCUUAAAAAGUUUCUAUGCCGCCGGGAAGUUCUUGAUGCGAUUGCGGCCUCAAAUUUGUUAUUUCUGCCAUAAGCGUUUAGUUACUUUUCUACUUCUCUAAAUUCUAGACUACGAAUAGUCCCCCAUUUGUCCUCAGCGAUAGUAGAACGAGCGUGGGGUGAUUUUCUCGCGCGCUCGCGUUUCGCUCGCUCUACUAUCCCUGAGGAAAAAUGCGGACUACUCGUAGCCUACUAAAUUUAACCCCUUUAACGGGGUUUGACGGUAUUAAUCGGCUCUUUUAGUUAUACUUGUGUUGUUUUGCAUUAAAACAGUCAUACCAGGCAAAUGAGGACAAGAACACAGUUGUUAAAAACACGUUAGCAGCUCCAAUCCAAGCUAUUAUGAUACGCAUCCACCCAGAAAGGUGGUAUUCCUGUAUAGCAAUGAGACUCGAGCUGUACGGAUAG